AUGCCCUUGCUUCGUCUCCUCUCCCCAUACUUGUGCGGAUUCUCCGUGUCAUCCACAACCAUAGGAAGCACAGCUACCGUCUCUCACAUCACUCAUGUGCCCGCCGCGCGAAGUGAAGCUGUCCACCAAAAGACAUUGCCACAGCUUCCUAUCGAGAUCUGGCAUCUAUUCAUUGACUAUCUCUACUCCUGGGGAUGCUCCGAUGACCUCAAGGCCUGUUCCCUCGUAUGCAGAACAUGGGCUUCUCGAAGCCGGUUCCUCCUUGCCAGAAAUUUACGCCUUAGUGGACACACGACAAUGAUGCAACUUGUACGCAAGAUGCAGAGCGGCCUGCAUGGCUGCACACCUUUCCAGGUGGAGUUCAUACGACUAGGAGAUCCCAAUGCAGAGACACUGCUCCAUCUCAUGUCGUUCGCAGCGACAUUUGGAGGUCACUUUGUCGGCUUGACACAUCUCGAACUCAACGGCGUGUGGCCAGAACUCAUGCAUCCAGACUUGUACAUUCACCUCUCGUCCUUCUCCUCAGUCACACGGCUUGACCUCCGCACUGUCACGCUUCCCAACGUCUCCACGUUCGGUCGGCUGGUCGGUGCACUCCCCAACCUCGUCCACCUCACCUGCAGACAGACUACAAUCACCCAGCGCAUUGGGGACGAUGAUUACGGAGUGCACCCCACCAAAUUUGCUCUGUUUCGAAUGCGACCAUUGCGACUGUCGCAUUUCGAGUUCGAUCUUGGAUUCUGGAAUUGGCGCAUCAUCACGUUCAUGAUUCGCGCCGGCUGGAACAUCGGUCUGCGCGAUGUCAGGCUCAUGAUCUCAGGCCACUUUUUCAAGUCCAAUAUUCCGUGCUUGGUGCCAUUCCUUGCAGGAAUUGGAAGUUCGCUGCGUACAUUGUCGUUGGUCGUGCUUGAUGUCCCCUCUCGGAAUGUGAUUUCUGAUAUCGACCUCUCCACCAAUACGAGGUUAGAAACGCUGGCCAUCAGGUCGCAUAUCCUCCUCAAAGGCGAUGAAGACAUGGAAUACUACUGGAUGGAACAUCUGUUGUCACAAGUGAAAUCCCAGGCGAUCCGUGAGGUCGUCAUCUCUGUAGAUUCGGAUCAAGAUGAUGAUCCUGCGUUUGGCCGUGAAGAGAGCGGAAGGUGGCUACGCGCAUUUGAAGGGGACAUCGAUAUGGCGGCUCCGACAUCGAGCGCACUUCGCUGCGUCGCAAUCGAAGCCGCACUGAUGCUUCCCCAGUUCGAGCGGCUAGAGCGUAUCGUGAUUGAGUACAGAUUUGGACUGGAAUUUGAAGCUGACAUUGGCAUCACCGAGGCGCGGUGGUCAAACUUGAUGAGGAUCCGUUUUCCUAGACUGCACGAGCGAGGGAUCCUCCAAAGGUUGCCCAAGAGAAUGAUCGUAGACUUCCUCCUUAAACUGAAGAGCGCAGUGCAGAAGUACAUACAGAAGGUGACAGGUCGUCGUAGCCGAGAGAAUACCGAAAUGGUUAGGCGAAAUGCUCCUAUCGAUUCGAACGUCGCGUUACAGGGUGCUUUGGGCUCAGAGUCCCAUUCCCCGAUGAAGGCAGUACGAUUGCCACCGGAAAUCUGGGAUCUCAUCAUCGAUCUUCUUUAUCUUUGGGAGCUCUUCGACGCGCUCAUUGCAUGCACCCUUUGUAUGCAGGCAAUUUUGCGCCAGAAGUCAGCUAUGGAUCGCCAAAGUCAUGCAUGUACGACAUCGCGAAGACAUUAUUCGACUAUCACGGGCCAUAAUACGGGACCCCCGCUCUGCGCUGUUACUGAACUUAUUGUCUACGGGAAGUGGCAAGCAGGCGGGCUACACAUGGACUUCUUCAAUCACAUACACUCCUUCUCAACCAUUACACGGCUCGUGCUACCGAUGACCGAAUUUCCCAACGUCACUACCUUCGGCCGCUUCAUCUGCGCCCUCCCUAAUCUUACCGGCCUCCGUUGUGUGCCGGUGUGCGACACACACCGUCGUAACGACGACGAUCAUGACGCUGACACGAUCGCGGAUCCCCUCCGAUUCAAGACCAGAUCACUUAGUCUCACGCAUUUCGAUUGUGCGACGGACGUGCACUCGGAUAUAAUUGGGUUUUUGACUACUACUGGGUGGAACUCCGGUCUGCACAACAUUAAGUUGCAAUUCGAUACACGCUAUCGCUCAUCGAAAUCGAAGUCGAUAACACCCGUAUUCUCGUCGUUUUUCAAAGGAAUGGGAAGGUCGCUUCAAAAACUCACAUUCUGUGUGUGGGGCCUCAAUCCUCUACCUCGAGCGUUGAUUGAUGACAUCAGGUUGCCUAUCCACCGACGCCUAGAGACGCUGGAAAUACACUUUGAAUAUCUCGUCCCUCUUAGCCUUUUUGAUAAAGAUUAUUACUGGCUGCCGCAUCUAUUAUCUCAAGUCAGCUCCGAGACAAUUCGCCACGUGCAUCUCGUCAUCGAUCGGCGGUGCGGUGAGGUAUCCGGGCAUAAUGGUGACAGACGUAGCAGCAAAGUCAGGCCGAAGAUGCGGCACCGCAAUCACGCAGGUCUCACUCACCCGGUUGUGCUGAGUAUGCUUUAUGACCACUGUAGGAUGAUUGAAGACGAGCUGUCGUUCCCGCCGUACGCUACCCUCCAGCGUGUCACCAUCGAGUACAGAUUCCGCUUUGAGGACGAGCUCUGUACGCUGGGCCAGGCACAGUGGUCGGAGGCGGUUCAAUUUCGCUUCCCAAGGCUACUCCAGCGAGGGCUUUUUUGCCAUGGCAUUGCUGAAGGCUGGCUUUGUAGGACGCCGGUCACCGUGACAUUGGGCGGUUGUGCUUAUCAAGGAACCCGUGUUGGAAACCUUCGAAGUCUGGAUCUCCCUGCGUAUCCACACGCUCUAUGA